CAGAAGAAGAAGAAGAGCAGCGCCACCGGACGAGACGGGACUCGGACGGGGCACGCGCUCUGCAGAUUCAGAGGGAGAGGGAUGUUUUCUGUCCUGAAACCAACACGGUGACAACAUGUACAGACGUCCAUCCAGACAUAGGGGAGUGCGUGUCGGUGUGUUUGUUGCACCGAGACAAAGAUGGUGUGAGAGUCCCUGCUGAACCGGAUGACGGUGUCUUUAAAAGGCCCCAAGUUCCCCCCUGUGUUGGACACAGGGACAAAGGGGUUGGAGUCUCCCGGAAUUCAACCGAUGAUACAUCGACUCGGAGAGCCCUCAGUCCUACUGAGGGGGCCUUGCCGGUGGGCACCCCUGACGCUGUGACCCCUCGGAGCUCCAGAUUGUCCUGGAAGUCCGAAACGGAGGACCGAGGAGGAGGCGGGACAGAAAGAGGAGGAGGAGGAGGAGGAGGAGGAGAAGAAGAAGAAGAAGAGAAAAAAGACCAGCUUCCAGAGAACCCCGUCCCCUCUGCCAUCUUGCGAGCCUCCAUCUGUUCCUUGUCUCCAUUCCGUCGUCACAGCUGGGAACCGGGCCGGGCCGGCGCAGAGACUGACAUCGCACAGCGCAGCUCAUUAAAGAGUCCGUCAGGAGAGGUGAAGAGAGCCAAGCCCCUCCUCCACCGGAGAAG